AACUAAUUUAAGUAUAUUAUGCUUUAUAUAAAAUUAUAUUGGAUAAAAUUAGGAAAAUAAAAAAGAUGGCGGUUUUUGUGUUCUAAAAAAGCUGGGAAGCUAAUUAUGCGACGAUGGAUAUUUAAAAGCAAAAAAGAAGAGAAAGAAAUUCCCGUUUUUUAAUUUGUAUUUAUUUUUCACAAGUUGUUCCCAAUACCAGCCGAUAUCCGGAGCUAACCAACACGCCGUUUUCCUGUUUUGUGCUGUCCCGGCACCGAAAUUAAGCGUCGGGAUCGGCUCCGGACCGCCAAUCCAGUCUGCCAAUCCGCCCCAGGGGAAAGAAGUCUCAGUGUAUCAAUUGAUUUUGUUUUGUUUAGAUCAGCAAUCAACCUUCUUGCCAAUUCUAUAUAUUUAGUUUCUGAACAGAAGGAAAUAAAGGGUAAAAGCUGAUACGUAUACAAACUGCUCAUCAGGAUGACAGGAAUUCUCUUUGAUCACAAGAUCUGAAGACUUUGGGUUUGGGUUUCUUCUAAUGCAUGCAGCUGGUUUUGUUCAGGGUUAGGCUAACAGUAUAUUAUAAGGAUGGGGUUCAGAGAAGGGAACAAGGUGGAGGUUAUGAGAAGAAAUGAGGAUCGUUAUUGCUCUUGGAUUCCUGCUAAAAUUUCUUCAAUACAUGGAGAUAAAUACAGCGUCAGAUAUGACCUAUUUCUGACAGCCAAAGGAAAGCCAGUAGUAGAAAGUGUGCACAAGGAAGAUGUUAGGCCUUGUCCACCUCCUGUUCAUGGAAAGGAGAGAUGGAUUGUUGGUGAUGUAGCCGAGGUGUUCGACCUCCAUUCAUGGAGGGUUGGAAAGGUUGCAAAAGUUCUGAACAGCAAUAAUGUUGUCAUCAGACUCUUUGGCUCAAUCCAGCUUAGAGAAUUUCAUGUCUCUAGUCUAAGGGUUCGACAAGCUUGGCAUAACAAUCAGUGGGUCGUGAUUGGAAAGGUUAGUGGAAAGAAGCAAUUUAUCAAUGGCUACAACUGUUCUAGCUCCAAAUAUAACAUAGACUUAGGUUGUGAAGCACAUGGAGGUAUAUCUGAAGAUGCUUGCGCUGGACAGAGAUAUGAGCAAGAAGAUGAUCAUUUUCGCUCUUUUUCUCCUGCAAGAACUGGAAAGAAGAAUCUCAAUUCCCACUGUAUCUUAUUACCAGAUGUUGUGGUUCAAGGUACAGGAAGGAAAAGGAAAGCAAACCCAAAAGUGGAUGGAUCUUAUCAGCUAACUACAAGACCACUGCCUAGAAAGGUAGAUGCUGUUCCUUUAUCAAAAGAUAUGAUGGAUGAGAAUUGCCAGCAUUUAUCCACUAAAGGCAGAAUAAUUAAAAUUUCUGAGAUGGUUGUUAGUAAGGAGACCAAUAAUCAUGCUAUGCAUCCAUCUUCCAUACCUUUGCAAAUUAUUGAAGAGAAUAAUGCAUGCUCCGUUGCUAGUUGUAGUGGUAACAACUUACCAGAAUAUACUAAUGAGAAUACGAGAAAAUAUCCUAGAGAUAUUGCCAGUAGCUUUUUUGAUGAUGCCAUGUCUUCAUGUCCAUCUGAGGCUGAGAAAAAGUACCGAUGUGUUUCUGAAGAUGAAUUAGCUGCCAACAUCCAUGAAUUAGAACUACAUGCAUACCAAUCUACUGUGAAGGCUUUUUAUGCUUUGGGUCCUUUAAGCUGGGAGCAGGAAUCACUUUUAACAAAUCUUCGUCUCUCUCUUCAUAUUUCAAAUGAAGAACAUUUACAUCAAUUGAGGCACCUGUUAUCUGCUUAAACUUCUUGACUCCCACCUAAUGAUCCUCAUCUUUCAACAAGGUCAGGUAAUUGUAGAAAUAUCUCUAACCUUCUUUAAGGAUCUUUUCCUGAUGUACUUUGUAAAUCAUUCUGCUUUGUAGUUAGUGUAGGAGUGGUUAUAAUAGUUAGAAUUUCUGUGAACUUGGAAAUUCUCGGACUGUACUGUUGUUAGUCCUUUUAUGUAAUGUAUGUAAAUGUUCCUAGAGUAGUCAGGUACUGCUUCUUGCAAUCUUUCAGAACUCUGUGCUUCUAACUUAGCUUGAUGGCUGGUUAAUUAUAAUACUAAAACAAUUCAUCUCAUCAUUGAAGUAACUUUUCCGUUGAUUAUGGCAUUAUGCUAAAGUUGCUUCUGCCAACAACCUACUUACAAUUCCACUUUGUGAAAAAAUGGCAUCAGAUUAAGUUAACCAAUUGCAUUAAUGAGAGCUAAACUAUUUGAGUUGCUUAAGCAUCAGAAGCAAGGCUGUUCUCUUGCAUAGCUCAAAGUUAUCAGGAGUAUGAGAAUUUCACAUAUUUUUAAAGUGUGUGCAAGGGAUAUUUUUUGUUAUCUAAAUAGAAUUUCAGCUAUUUAUCACACAAAAUAAAAUAUGUAUUUUCCUUGAUACAUCAAUAGAUUAAAUGUCAUCGCGAGUUAUUUAUUUAGUUAUAUUAAGAGGGUAAGCCUUGGCGCAACGGUAAGGUUGCUCAAUUGUGAUUUGGAGGUUAUGGGUUCGAUACAUAAAAGUAGCCUUUUCGUAUGCAGGGGUAAGUCUGCGCAUAUCCAAGCUUUCCCAGGUCCUGCAAUUGUAGGAACCUUGUGCAUUGGGCUACCUUUUUUUAUUUAUUUACUUAUAUUAUAAUCAUGCUUUUGAUUUUGCAUAUUUUCAAGAAGAGGAAUUAUCAGAUCAUCAAUUAACAGUUAUAUGUAUUUGUGAUGUCAUAUUUCAAUAUGAUGAAGUGCAUGUUGCUACCUGUGCAAAAUGGACAGAUGCUGGCUUUUGAGAGGUAGUGUAGUGCUAAGAGGAGGAUAAUUCUCUUUCUGAGAAAAUUUGAGUUGCUUUAAUAUGGUUGGAUAACGAAAAUAAAGAGAAAAUCCUCUUAAAGAUUUCAUGAAUAAUGCUUCAGACAACUACUCACUUAUCAUCCUUCUCCCUUAAGGGAUGUAUCGCAUUGCCCUCUAUAAGGAUUUUUUUGCAUUCUUUUGUGUGAGUGCUGAUACUAUACCAGGCGUCCAUAGUUCCGCUAUCAUAUGCUGAUGUCCACUAGAUGUUUUUUUGAUCAAAAUCUCAACUAAAUAUGUGGUUUAAGAAAAGUCCAAGACAAGUGAGAAAUGCUUGCAUGAUUUAGUUUGACAUUUGUAAGAAAGUUUGUUCGGGCUGUUCUGUUACUCAGGCAGUCGACUGAAAGAUUUUAAAGUAUGGAGAUCUAUAUGGUUGAAAUUACUUGGAGUACACAAUGCGAAGAACCGUGAAAGGUACUUGAUAUUCUUGAUUGAGAGAUAGGCUGCAAACCAUGGGAUCAAAUGUACCAGAUCUCAGGACCUAGACAUCUCUCAAAUGUCCCUUCAAAAAAAGAGCCAUCUCUCGCAUGGUCUCUCAAAUGUCGGAAAACUGCAAGAGUGCUGAAGAAUUUAAUAAUAAUGUUGCAAGAAUAAAAGACUUAGAAGAAGCAACAAAAAUGAAAAAUGGUGUAAAUUCAGGAUAGCUAGGCUUAUGACCAAAGUUGCUGUUUCAAGCUGUUUGAUUAGUGCAUGCCUUCUGCCUAUUUUUCAGUUUCAUGGAAAGGUCCAUAUUGUUCUCCAAAAAAGGGGGGUCCAUAUUUUAUUUCCUCAUUAGCCUAGGGUUUUGGGUUAUAUUGAAUGAAGGUUCUCAGAGUAAUUGAAGCUGAUUUUUAUCUAUUUCAAGAAGAGAGGUGUUGAUUAGUCUACUCAUCAGUCUCUUAUGAGGCUCAAGAAAUUGUUGUUAUAUUUCAUCAUUAGUGGGUUUGGAGCUUUAUUUAUGCUUCUGAAAGCAAGAUUGCAUGAACCCCUCUGGAGCUGGCUAUCUCCUACUUGGUGGUAUUGCAGAAUAGGUACCCAGUUGUUACAUAAACCCAUCAUAGGCAUAAAAGAGGGAACAGCCAUGAGCAUGAAAAGUACUUAAAUUGUUAUAUCUCAAGGCAAUUUGCAGUCUCACGAGUAAACAACCUAAUUGUAAUACUGUCCAAGAAACUGAUCAGUAUAAGGGUUCGAUGUGUUAUUUCAUAAGGUUGAAUGACCUGUCUAUAAGGUAAUUGUUGAGGAGGCAUGUAAGGUAAUUGUUGCACAUGUACGUAUACAAGGAGUGGGCUAGAUGCUAAACAAAAUUUCUUGUUCAUGCUACUGUAGGAUAUAGUAAUGUUUGCCUUGUCUAUUAUCCAGUUCUUUACUGUUUCAUCAUGCAAGCUCAUCUUUAACAUAGGACUUUGCCCAUAAUUUCCUAGCACAAGAUUUAUUAUCAUCAUUAUAUUCAGCUGUAUGUUUGGAUCCAUGUAAGCCCUCCAGGUUUUGAUAACAGAGCUUUAAUGCUUACAUAGUGGAAUCCUGCCUUCACACCGUAAGUAUGGAGCUGCACCUUACAUUUGCAGGUAUGAUUACAGCUAUAAUCUGACAAAGAAGGUACUACGCUUCUUGUUUUGUAAUAUAUAAGCUCUUUCUUUCAUGUCAUUAUCUGAGUUUUUUUCACUAAAACAUCCAACUUUCUGGUUCAACAUUUUACAUCUUUUACAUAUAUUAUGUCUUAGUUAUCAUAUGUUGUAACCAAACCUUGUUUAGAAAAUAUAAUAUUUCUUUGGAGAAUGCACAAGAGAAGGGCUCAUCAUUGA